UUUCCUACCAUCACGCUGAUCUACAGUGAUGACUUCAUUUGUAGGCCAAAUACUCUUUAUUACGUUGUGUACCUGAAGGUAUCGAUUGAAGCAGCGGAGGUUUACUCUACAGGGAUUUCAAAAUGUUCACUCCUACUACUUGAUUUAUAACAAGCGCUUAUUGACAAUUUCCCCUCAUGGUAAUCAUCGAUCUUAGUAUUACAGUUGCAUUGUUGAUGACCUCUUAUCGUGGUUUCAUCAUUGUUCCUGGCCAAUGGAUAAGUAAUUCUUUUCACGGAUCUGAUCACGAUUGUGGUCACUGAGGACGAAAAUGCAAAUAGUACUGUGAAAAUGAGACAGCAAUAUAGGCGAUAAUUGCUACCAGAAAGCCUGCGCCGUAUGCACUCAAAUGGGCACCUGUUGUUGUGCGAUAUGAAGAUAUCUUGCGAGUAUGACUAUGCUUACUGUCACCGAUGUUUUAUAGCAGAAAGAAAUUGCUUCAGGUAUCAUGAGUAGGAUCAGGUGUACUGGUAUAUCCAGAAUCACUACUUAUUAAACAAUCAUAAACCAGCAGACGCGUUUGUUUGACAGCGGAGGAAGUACCACAGGAGUGAUUUCUUUCUUGGCACCAAUGUCUUGGAUGUGAUAUAUAGUUACUACUUGUUUUUCUUUUUCACACUGGUAAUAUUGUGUCCACGGAGAAGUAGUGCAGCAGCACAGCAUAUGCUAUACACACACAUCCACUAGAGAGCAAGCUUUCAUCACAGAAACCAAAAUGGAACUUCCAGAAGUAGAAUAUUUAUCACUCACCGCAACUGAAUUACAAGACCCGGUGUCUCCGACAGAAGAAGAGACCAUCAUUUUGAAUGUCGGCGGGGUGAACCACGAGGUUUCCUUGGAAACAUUAUCAAGCAAACCAGGGACAAAAUUGUCCAAUUUGAGUGUGCUCAAGCAGCACUAUCGCCCGACAAAGAAGGACUAUUACUUUGAUCGCCACCCAAUGAUAUUUCUAGCCAUCUUGAACUAUUACAGAACGGGCGAACUCCACAUACCUCUCCAGUUUUGCGGCCCGUCAGUGAAAAAGGAACUGGCUUUCUGGCAGAUAGACGAGACACUCAUACAGGAAUGCUGCUGGAUAAAUUAUCAUGAAUAUCAGGAACAGAAGGAAUCUCUGAUAAAGUUUAAUGCUUUUUUCUCCAAUGAUGAAAACAUCUACAAAGAUAUAGAGGACACGAAAUGCCCACUGUGGAGACGCCUGAGGCUGAUGGCAUGGCGGACGCUGGAAGAACCGUGUUCGUCAUUGGCGGGCAAGGUGUAUGCCGGGAUCUCUCUGAUGAUGGUCCUUUUGUCCAUCUCUAUCUUCAUGUUGGACAGUCACCACAUUCUGGACGUGAGGCCGCACGACGGGGCGUGGAACCUGACCAUGUCGCUCUUCGGGACAUCCUACGAGGAAUACCAGGACCUACAAGACCACAUGAGCGGAAAACAUGACAAUGCCUCUCACGCAAUCGGUGACGACGUGAGGUUCAAUUUACUGCAUCCCGCUGUUGAGAUUUUAAAUUUCUUUUGCGCUGGUUUUUUCACGCUGGAUCUUUUAGCGCGAAUUAUCUGUUGCCCGAGGUUCCGGUUAUUGGUGUCGCCUCUGAUGUGCAUCGAUGUUGUUGCCUUGGUCCCAUUCUAUGUGGAACUGAUUCUAAAUAUCUGCCGACCGGAAGAACUGUAUAAACAGUCCGUUUUCGAUUUUCUCCAGCUUCUCCAAAUUGCUCGAAUAUUGCGUAUAUUUCGCGUUGCUAAGCAUUACACAGGUAUCAAGGUGAUUCUUUAUGCCCUCAAGGAAAGUGUAUCGGAAAUUAUCCUGACUAUAGUCAUGCUAUGCAUUGCCAUGAUCUUAUUUGCCUCGCUUAUGUUUUAUGGAGACAACGUUUAUAACGAAAGUAGUAAAAUCGAAGACAUUAUGAUUGGCUGUUGGUGGGCGGUCAUAACUCUAACGACAGUGGGGUACGGGGAUAAAGUACCAACGUCCGGCAUCGGUUACGUCGUUGGAACGGUGACUGCGUUCUGCGGCGUGUUACUUCUUGCAAUGACGAUACCCAUCAUCGUGAGCAAUUUCUUGUUGUACUACGCGCAAUCGCAAUCAGACAAGAAAAAAUGCAAGACGAAGAAACCAGAGAAGGAGGAUGACUGUGAUGCAUAGCCACCCAUUUCGCUAACGCUUUUUAUUUAAAUGUUUAAAAUUGUCUAUUAUUAUGCCAAAAUCAAAUAUGUACCCACUUGGGCCUAUUAUAUAGGGAGGUAUUUGUUUAACCUUUUCAAAAUUAUAAACAUGAUAUAAAUAUUGUGCUGUUGUGUUAUGGAUUUCAUUCACUUAUCAACAGGACAUCGUACCCUUUGU